AUGGCGGCGCCAAACGGCCAGUACUUCAUCCAGGACGCCAUCAAGCAGACAGCUCCCCACCAUGAGUCGUUCAAGGCGCUGUGGGAGACGAAGUGGAAGAAGCCCGCGGAGAUGGGCGUCUAUCCCUUCAUGUUCGGCACCGCGAAGGAUUUCGAGCCCGUAGUCGAGGAGAUGGUCAAGAAAGACAUGCGCGAGCCGUACGACUGGGACGAGUACGCGCAGACCUUUUUCCCACAGGCCGAGAAGCUCGUCGGCAUAGCUGCGGAGGCGGAGCGGAACGGCGAGAAGGAGAAGGCGUCGGAGUACUAUCUACGAGCCUCUGCCGUCUACCGCAUCUCGCGCUUCCCCGCGCCGCGAUCCGAGAAGCAGCGGUACGCGUGGACGAAGGGCAAGGAGGCUGCGUUGAAGGGCUUCAGUCUGCGCGAGCAUCCAGUCAAAGAAGUCAUGGUCCCCCACAAACACGGCAUCGAAGGCGAAGGCGGCGAGAUCCCCAUCUACCACCUCCUCCCCGCCGGCGCCUCCAAGGAGAGCCCCGUCCCGCUCGUCUUCAUCAUCGCCGGCCUGGAUGGCUACCGCACCGAGCUGGCCGUCUGGAUGGAAGGCUGGCGACAGAAAGGCGUCGGGACCGUCGUUGUCGAGAUCCCUGGCACGGGCGACUCGCCGGCCAAGAUCGACGAUCCUACUAGUCCUGAUCGGCUGUGGUCGAGCAUGCUGGACUGGAUAGACAUGCAGGAGGGGAUUGAUAACAGGAAGGUCUGCGUGUGGGCGUUCUCGACCGGCGGCUUUUACGCUAUUAGGCUCGCGCACACGCAUCCGGACCGCCUGGCGGGGGUUGUGGCGUUGGGGGGUGGCUGCCAUCAUAUGUUUGACCGGGCGUGGUUGGACGAGGUCAACCAUCUCGAAUACCCGUUUGAUCUCGCGGACACCCUAGCCUACAAGUACGGCUACGGCCUUGACGUCGAGAAGUUCAAACAAGAGGGCUCUGAUAAAUUCUCGCUCCUCAAGGACGGCACGCUAGACAAGCCGCGUUGUGCGCGCUUGCUCCUCGUCAACGGCACCCUCGACGAAAUUUUCCCCAUCGACGACUACUACCUCGCCGUCCAGCACGGCGCACCCAAAGAGGUCCGCUUCGUCCCGGGCAUCAAGCACAUGGGCGAGCCUGAAUCCUUCGCUGUCAUCUUGAAAUGGAUAUACGAGCUCUUUGGCAUCAAGGCGAAUCCCGUGGAUCAGAUGAAGAUGCUGCGGUUUAGUCCGAAGUACUAG